CGAGCGGAGGAUAAAUAGAUCCGUAGUGAUCUGGAUAUUUCGUGUAAAGGUCUCUUUUGUUAUUUCUGACAUCCUAUUUUGACAGACAGGCCACACUCGCAUUCUCACAUUGCGACUCCAACUUGCCUCACACUCUACUCAGCAUCAAAAUCAUGACCGAGGAGAAAGAGACGUACAGGGGCAACUGCCGCUGUGCUGCUUUCGUCUUUGAGGUGACGAUUCCAAAGAUCAAGGAGGUCGAGAUUUGUAAAUGCAGCAUCUGCUACAAGAAGAACUAUGCCUUUCUAUUUGUUGACAAGAAGGACCUUCGUGUCGUCAAGGGUAGCAUGGAGGACUUCACAACCUACACCUUUGGUGAAGGCAUCAUGAAGCACAUGUUUUGCCCAAAGUGUUCGAUGAUGACAGUCUGCACCCAUGGCAAGUUUCCCGACCAAUAUGUCGUCAAUGCCCGAUCCCUUCAAGGACCGGUUGAUAUUUGGAACAUGCCGAAGACGGUUGACCCAGGCAAGGAACACAAGCCUGACUACGUCCCACCUGACGACUCGGACCUGCCAGAGCCCAAGGCGGAGAUAGAGGGCGAAAGCAAAAUCUACCAUGGCAGCUGCCACUGCGGCGACAUCCGGGUCAAGCUCAAGAUGGAGCCGGUCGAGAAGUUCAAAGGCAUGAUCGGCGAGUGCAACUGCUCCUUGUGUCACCGCAGUGGCGUCACCUGGAUCUACUCGAAUCGACCGCAGGUCACCAUCAGCCCAGACUGGUCGAGCGACAAGUUCUCGAUGUACGGAGAGGCCGGGGCGAAGCUUGGAGAGCAGUACUUUUGCAAGCGCUGCGGCGUUUACGUGGCUAACAGGGUCAGAGCCGUCGAAUCGGACGAGGAGUUUGCGAAGCUGCCUGCAGAGAUACAGUCAUUCCUGGCUGACAAGAGGCAGUGGCAGCCACUCAACCUGAGGAUUUUUGAUGGCAUUGACGUCGAUAGCGACCAGGUCGAGGUCAAGAGGGUGGACGGGUACAACCUGAUCAAGCCAGAAUAUGUCAACCCUUGAAAAAGGGCUGGAGAUUGCCGCUCUUACACGGGGAAACGAGUAACAGAGAGCUUAGUAGCUCUGGGGUGAUGGUGAUUAGCAUCAGUCAAUUUUUCAAUGUGACCAAGUUCUGGGGAAACGCGGCAUGUUUGAUUCGAUUUUUUCUUCACAUGAUGCAUCUAUCUUCCCCUGAUUGGGG